CUUUUUUCUGCCUUAAAUGGCAAAGACUUGAGGGAGCGGGAACACGUAGUGCCGCGCCUUUGCUCCCUCUUUCCAGCGUCUUCAUCUUCUCUUUCGUUCUUCCGUUCCAUCUUGACAUCAUUUAGAAACUAGAGCUGGAUCCGGAGCUUGAACCAGACAGCUUGCAGCUAUGGAAAACACAAACAAAACUUCCGAUGCUCAUCGCGCCCCACAUACACCUCUUAAUGAGAGGAUACUUUCAUCCAUGACCAGGAGAUCUGCGGCUGCACACCCUUGGCAUGAUCUCGAGAUAGGACCUGGAGCUCCAAAUGUGUUCAACUGUGUAAUUGAAAUAGGGAAAGGGAGCAAGGUGAAAUAUGAACUUGACAAGAAAACUGGAUUGAUUAAGGUCGACCGUGUGCUCUACUCAUCAGUUGUGUACCCACACAACUAUGGCUUCAUUCCUCGUACUCUUUGUGAGGACAAUGAUCCCAUGGACGUCUUGGUUAUCAUGCAGGAGCCAGUUCUUCCUGGAUGCUUUCUUCGCGCCAAAGCUAUAGGCCUCAUGCCUAUGAUUGAUCAGGGUGAGAAAGAUGACAAGAUAAUUGCUGUUUGUGCUGAUGAUCCCGAGUACCGACACUACACUGAUAUCAAGGAGCUCCCGCCACAUCGUUUGGCUGAGAUCCGCCGCUUCUUUGAAGAAUACAAGAAAAAUGAGAACAAAGAAGUUGCGGUUAAUGACUUUCUGCCUGCCUCUUCUGCCAAUGAAGCAAUUCAGUACUCCAUGAAUCUCUAUGCGGACUACAUAGUGGAGAGCUUGAGGCGGUAAGUCGUUUGUG